GAUGCAGUGAGAACAUCUCACAAGCAUGGGCCACAACUGCGUUGCUUGACGCUCACUGGCAAAACCAUCACCCUGGGAGAAGAGUCUUGUGAGUUGUGACACCAUUGACAACGUCAAAGCCAAGAUUACCGAUGCAUCUCUGUGUACAACUAUGCAAGGCUUGCAGGCCCCUGAGCUGCAAUAGCUUUUUCCUGUGGGUGCUGCUCCAACAAAGCCCCCCUCCAUGUCUCGACAAGACUUGCCGAGCCUUCUUGCAGCGGCGCAGCACAGCUACUGCCCCUCCCAUGGCCUUAGGGGGCGGAGGGUUAGCUGUCACGUGGGGGAUGCAGAUGACUCACACCCCUCUUUUACCAGGAGAGUGACUCUUUACCCCAACGUCAUGGUAAAAGGAGUGCGCUGCAAGGACGAGACAGACAUCUAUGCCUCGGCAACGGGAUGUAGCGCCACAUACCCCCUGCAUUUAAUGCGGUAGGUACUUCCUCUGUUCCGAAUUACUUGUCUUGAAUUUGUCAGAUACGGAUGUAUCUAGACUCAUUUUAAUGCUAGAUACCUCUGUAUCUAGACAAAUCUAAGACAAGUAAUUUGGAACGGAGGGAGUAUAUAUCACUGCGGUAUUGUAUAGCCAUUGUGGUGACCUCUUGUGUGACUAUAAAAGGAGGCCUAGGCUAUGUAGUAAGGGGUUUGAUUCUUAGAGAAUUCACGCUUGCAUAUAGCAGGACGUAAGGUUUUACUCGAGCAGCCUGAACUUGGGUAAAACCACCAUGUCAUAGAGUAGACCUCGAGCGUGUUAACGCCCUCAACAGGCAAUAGGGAACCAAAAAGGGGGCGUCUCUUGUCCUCAAUGUUCUGUUUUGCACACACAACAUAGCGCAUGACAGCCGAGCGCAACGCAGGCUGUGUAGACCUUGAGGUUAACAUGAGUCAGCGCUUGACCGCAACACUGGCAAGCAAUGCAAGACAGCCGAGCACACAGCUAACAGCACACCGCAACAGUCAGAAGAUGCUGGGACGGCCGGGAGGUGUUUGCAACACGAGCUGAACAUGGAUGUUGCAACCCCCCAUGUUGCAAUUGCAAAUGUGGGGCAGCUCCUUUGUCGAAUGUCGAUGCUGGUUAGCGAAGCAGCAGCUUAUAUUUUUUAGAACAACGAAGCAGCAGUCUUGUCGUGUUGACGUGUUGUGGUACUCGCGGUCGUGCGGCUAUUUUUGUGAUGCAUCUGCUCUGUUGGGUUCCGCUUGCUGGGUUGUUUCGAGGCAACGAGCUGCUGCGUGCUCAAGUUCGGCCUAUAUAGUUACGCGCCCUCGGUCGGCGUAACCACGGCUGCCGAGCUGCGAGACUGCAGGCAUACCGGAAGGGAAGGCGAGCUGGAACUAUGUAAGCCGUGUCCUUCUUUCGGACACGUGCGGCUAAUCCCCGCGUGCCACAUUGGGCACGUGUGUUCUUGCUGUGGCCUGGUCGAAAGACACGGCGCAUGCACGUGCCCCACGCCUCACACGGCUUGGGUUCUCGCCUGUCCGGUGCUCGACGGACCAGUACAUAUACGCGAGCGCUCCUAGCCACCUCAGUUCAUCACACUUCACUGCAGUGCAAGGCAUCAGCUCUCGACAGACUCCUCACCGCCGCUUCCGCUACCGAAAAGAGAGGGUUUUUUCAGCGCUGCUCCUGAAAGAGAGAUAGAGAGAAGAAGACGAUGGCAACAAUGGUCAGAGGCGUAAGGAUGCCUGCUGCUGCACGGUCGUCGGCGGCGGGGAGGAACAAGAAGCUCCGGAAGCCGUACACGAUCACGAGGCCGCGGGAGAGGUGGACCGACGAGGAGCACGAGCGAUUCCUCCACGCCCUGCACAUAUUCGGCCGUGACUGGAAGAGCAUCGAGGCCUUGGUGGCGACCAAGACGAGCGUGCAGAUCCGCAGCCACGCCCAGAAGCACUUCCUCAAGGCCCAGAAGCUCGGCCUCGGGGCGUGUCUGCCGCCGCCACUUCACCCUCGCCGCGGCGCGGCCCUCGGCCAGCAGCCGCCGGCCCACCCUGACGCCGACAUGCUGGUGCCGAGCAUGGACUGGGCAUGCGCCGCGCCUGAAUCCCGCUGGCCGGACCUCGACGCACCGGGCGCCGAAGAGUGGCCGUCCGCCGGUGCCCUGCACCUGCAGGACGAAACCGUUGAGCUCCCACUGUCUCCCCACGACCUGCGCUUCGCUCUGGUCUACCGGUUCGUCGGCGACGUCUUCGCCUCCGACGCGGCUGUCCCGGUCGAUGCGCAACUCCACAGGCUUCAACUGCAGGGCGUCGACCCCGUCGUCGUGGACACGAUCUUGCUGGUAUUAAGGAAUCUGGAAGCGAACCUGUGUGCCUAGGACUCUGCGAACGGCAUGGUUUCUUUCCUCAUCGACAGAGAAUUCGAAGCACGUUCGGUCACAUGGAUGGACGGACAGUUUUAGUUUCUUGGAGUCGGUUAAUUUUGUGCAGAAAACUAAUUGAUGUGUAGAAAGAGAAAUGUGAAAAAAGAGUUCGUUUGAAUUAGUCUUAUUCACUCACUUAGGCUAUGUACAGUGUUUUUUUUGCGGGGAGGCCAUGUACAGUGUUUGAUACGAUAUGUUUUCUUAUUCAUAGGGUUAAAAUCAGACUU